AUGGGUGAAGAAGGCGUCUCUCUCUGUAGCGAUCUGAAGGAGGAAAAGUUUUGGAUCAUCAGAACCAAAUCCGUCGAUGGACCGCCCAAAUCAGAGAAUCAACAUAAGGGUAUUUGCCUUAGCAUCUCUGGUUUUGUUCAAUUUUGUCCGAUUGAUGGAAACUCUCUAUCUGGAAAGAUACCAGAUUACUCUUCUCAAAAGGCUGCGGCAAAAGCAGUAAUCGCCACGGUCUACAGGGGCCUAGCGCCGCCUAGUAGAACGCCUAGAACGCUUUUUAGAACACUGCUUAGAUCAAAUCUUGGUUUCAAAUCUGCUGGGAAAGUUAGAGAGAUCAAAUCUUGGUCGAAGUCUCGGAGUCAGAGAGUUGAUAUACUACUUCAUCACAUGUUGGCUGAUGAACUCAGCAAACCAGAGUGUUCUACUACUGACACAUAA